GAGGAGAGAGAGGAGAGAGAGAGGAGAGAGAGGGAGAGAGAGAGAUGGAGGGAGGGAAGAGACAGAGAGGAGAGAGAGAGGAGAGAGGAGAGAGAGAGGAGAGAGGAGAGAGAGGAGAGAGAGAGGAGAGAGGAGAGAGAAAUAAAAAGAGAGAAAGAGAGAGAGAAAGAGGAAGAUUUGCGGGAUAAGUAGAGGACCAAAGGGAAGGAUAGAUGAGGGAUA